AUGAUAUUCCUAGCAAAGCUUAGUGUUAUUACCACUAAUGCUGCUUCAUUAGGAAAAAUCCGAAGGAACCUACUGAGUCAAACGAAGAUUUUUCCGCAAGGAGGAGAAGACGUGAAAUUCGAUCAACCUUGGAUCAUUUCUCGUCCCAAUGUAAUUGACGAUAUAUCGUAUUUCGACAAUUCACCUCAAAAUUAUCUUGUGAGCAACUUCAGCUAUAGCAGAGGUCUCGGUAACGUUAUGUUCCAAUACGCGUCAUUGAAAGCGAUUGCCGAUUUGAGGGAAGCGUCACUGGUGGUUCCUUUUAAUAACACACUUAGGCGUGCUUUCAAAUUGAACGCAACAUUUGUUAGCGACAUGGUGGCUGCAGAACUGCUGCAAAGAACUACAAAUGCUACCUUCAAAACAACCAGUUGUUGCUCUUUUGUCAAAAUACCUGCUCCAAGCAAGGAACGGAUCACAGCGGUUCUUGGAUAUAUGCAAAACCCGAUGUAUUUCAUGCCGGAUCAUGAAAGGCUAGUGCGCACGGAAUUCACCUUUCUCAGUGAGGUCCAGAAACAGGCUUUCAAUUUCAUGAAUAGUCUCACUGCAAGGAGAGCACUUCAACGAGCUCGUCCUUUGUGGAUCACAGGGAAGCCAGGCGACGAAGCUCUCGAAAUGGAACCGGAUGCAUUGUCAGAAGACCUAUUCUACAUUGGAGUGCACGUGAGACGAGGAAUGGAUAUCGAGAUGAACGAAAGAAAUCGAAAACAUGGACACAUUGCCGCUCCAGCCGACUACUAUAAACGAGCCAUGGACAGUGCUAAGGGUGAUCGAGGAAACGUUGUGUUUGUGGUUUGCUCUGACAAUAUCCCAUGGGCGAAAAAGAAUCUUCCCACUUAUGAACAAGGAACUGUCUUCUUCUGCCCUGGACAUUAUCGCGAGGUGGACAUGGCAAUCUUAGCUCAAUGUGACGCUCUCGUUCUCUCAACUGGGACAUUUUCGUGGUGGUCUGGGUUUUUGAACCAGAAAGCGUCUAAGAUUAUAUAUUAUGGAGGAUGGCCUCGACCAGGAUCUGAUCUCAAGAAGAUGGUCAACACAUCCGAAUUCUUCCCUCAAUCAUGGACACCAUUAUCUUGA